UGGCUGGGUGAUCGAAAUUUGCUUGAAUAUCUUUUCAAGCAGACAAAACAUGGUUGGACUGCUGCAAAAUUUUCUGGGAGGUAAGGGAAUGCCAGGUAAAAGCUCAAGAACGUUCGUGUCGUUUAUUGGACAUUUGGACAAGCAAGUAGAGCUGGACAGAAACAUAAAAUUUACAGAUGGCAAUUAUAAUGCAGCACUUUGUAUGAUGGCGUCUAAAAUAUCAUAUGAGAACAAAUUCUACAUUGAAACUGUGGUCCAGGAUCACUGGAAGAUGGAGUUCUUGGGCUCUUACGACUUCUGGAAUGAUUAUCAAAGAAAAGCCACAACACAAGCCUUUAUGCUUCGUGACAGAAGUGAUGACCAUGACACUAUCGUUGUGGCCUUUAGAGGCACUGAACCCUUUGAUGCGGAGGCAUGGUGCUCUGACUUUGACAUCUCUUGGUAUCAACUCGAAGAGGUUGGAAAGAUCCAUGGUGGCUUCAUGAAAGCUCUAGGGUUACAGAACAAUAUUGUUGGUUGGCCGAAACCGGAGGAAUUCAAACAAGACAGUAGCCACCCAGCUUUAGCUUACUAUGGCAUUAGGGUUAUACUGAAAAAGCACCUGCUUGAAAAUGACAAAGCAAGAUACAUAAUAACUGGGCACAGCUUAGGUGGGGCUCUAGCAAUUCUCUUUCCUGCAGUUUUAACAUUUCACAAUGGAAAGGAUUCAGAUCUGCUGUUAAAGAGGUUGGAGGGAGUUUAUACAUUUGGACAGCCUAGAGUUGGAGAUAAGGAUUUUGGACGGUACAUGGAAAAAAAAAUGAUAGAGCAUAAGAUUAAGUAUUUAAGGUUUGUCUAUGGCAAUGACAUCGUGCCCAGGUUGCCGUAUGAUGACAAGGCCCUAAUGUUCAAGCACUUUGGGACUUGCCUCUACUAUAAUAGGCAAUACGAAGUUCAGGUUCUUCCGGAGGAGCCAAACAAGAACUAUUUCUCUCCAAUGGGGGCAAUUCCCAUGAUGAUGAAUGCUUUUGGUGAGCUGAUAAGAAGUUUAACCAUUCCAUAUAGGUUGGGACUGGACUACAAAGAAGGGCCCUUAUUCAAAAUGUUCAGGCUAAUGGGUCUGGUAAUGCCAGGAGCAUCUGCACAUUGUCCACAAGAUUAUGUAAAUGCCACCAGAUUGGGAUCCUCACAUGUCUUCCUCUCCCACCCAACCAUUAUCUAUGAAAACCAAAAAUCGAAAUUCAAAUUUCCCAUAAAUUAA